AUGCUGCCGGCGCGCAGGAGAUCUUUAGUGGUCAAGCUAUUACUAUUAAUCCCGGCGGUUUGGUUUUUCGUUCUAAUAUACUUUGCCUCCUCUAAUGAUAAAAAUCAACCAUAUGACCGUCAGGUUGAGCCAGUUGCACCAAGAAUAGAUCGUGAAAAAUUGCCACCCAUCGUUGUAAAUGUUCCGACUGCAAAAAGAGACGAGGACGGCAAUCAGGGACAGGGCAACAUGCCAAUGCCAAAAUUUAUCGUUGACGUGGCUGAACCAAUUUAUCAGCGAGGAAAUAUGUCUCAAGCUGGUGAGGAAGGAAAGGCCGUAAACGUGGAUAAAACGAAACUGAGCAAAUCCGAAAAGGCCAAAUACGAUCAAGGCUUCCAAAAUAACGCUUUCAAUCAGUACGCAUCGGAUAUGAUCUCUAUCCAUCGAACACUUCCCAAAAAUGUUGACGAGGAGUGCAAAGUGGAGCCAUAUCCCAAAGAUCUCCCGGAUACAUCUGUAAUCAUAUGCUUUCAUAAUGAAGCAUGGAGUGUGCUUCUACGCACAGUGCAUUCGGUUCUUGAGAGAACGCCGGAUCAAUAUCUCAAUGAGAUCAUAUUGGUCGAUGAUUUCUCGGAUAUGGCUCAUACCAAGCAAGCGCUUGAAAGUUACGUAUCACAAUACCCAAAGGUCAAAAUACUUCGUAUGGAAAAGCGCGAAGGUUUGAUCAGGGCUCGUCUUCGUGGAGCAUCUGCAGCAAAGGGAAAGGUUUUGACUUAUCUCGACUCGCAUUGUGAAUGCAUGGAUGGUUGGAUUGAGCCUCUACUUGCCAGGAUCAAAAAAGACCCAUCCAUCGUCGUUUGCCCGGUCAUUGACGUGAUCGACGACAAUACUUUCGAAUAUCAUUACAGCAAGGCGUAUUUUACCAAUGUUGGUGGUUUUGACUGGGGAUUGCAAUUCAAUUGGCACGCCAUUCCGGAAAGAGAUCGGAAAGGCCGAAGGGCGAUCGACCCUGUCAGAUCCCCAACAAUGGCUGGUGGUCUUUUCUCAAUUGAUCGGGAUUACUUUGAAAAGCUGGGAACAUAUGAUCCUGGAUUUGACAUUUGGGGUGGCGAAAAUCUGGAGCUGUCUUUCAAGAUUUGGAUGUGUGGUGGUACACUUGAAAUUGUGCCUUGCUCACAUGUUGGGCACAUAUUCAGAAAGCGAUCUCCUUACAAAUGGCGCACAGGCGUCAAUGUGCUAAAGAGAAACUCCGUACGACUGGCCGAAGUUUGGCUCGAUGAAUACAAGGAAUACUAUUAUGAACGUAUCAACCACCAACUGGUUCAUUUUUUCUACCAGCGGAAAGCUCUUCGAAAUCGCCUAGGCUGCAAGUCAUUCAAAUGGUACUUGGACAACAUUUUCCCGGAGUUAUUCGUUCCCGGCGACAGUGUGGCGAAAGGAGAGGUGCGUAACUUGGGCGGCGACGGGCGCAAAUGUCUCGACUGCAUGGUGAACAAACACGAUAAGAACAAGCCUAUCCGCAACCAGGGAAACAGCGCACAUUGCGUGGAUGGGCUUGUCGAGGAAGGGGAACAAAAACCAUUGGGUCUAUACCCUUGCCAUGGGCAGGGGGGAAAUCAGUACUGGAUGUAUUCAAAGGAUGGGGAGAUCAGAAGAGAUGAAAGUUGCAUCGAUUUUGCUGGAGCCGAGGUAAUGAUCUUCCCCUGUCAUGGAAUGAAAGGCAAUCAAGAAUGGAAAUACGACAACAACGCUUCCAAACUUCUACACGUUCCAACGGGAAAAUGCCUGGGCAUGACGCACGAUGGCUCACAGCUGCUGAUGCAGAAAUGUGAUGACGGAGACGCUUACCAAAAAUGGCGCUUCAAGGAAUAUAAUGAAGCAAAGGCCAAAGAAUAUGGGAGACAA